UAAUACAUUGAAGUUAUUCUCAAAAAAAGUGUUAGUAUAGCAGUCUAUAACCUUGAUAUAUUUGUUUCUAAAUCCUCGUUUUUUCUGGUCAAAUGUUUAUUCCGUUUGUUAAUAUUAAUCGUACGUUAACGACCGCUGCAAGAUGCAAACGGCGGGUUGUUGUGACAGGUCUUGGAGUAGUGUGUCCUCUUGGAGUUGGUGUACAAAAUGCAUGGCAAGCUCUUAUUAACUCCAAAUCAGGAAUUACUAAAUUGACUGACCCAGAGUAUGACAAAUUACCUUGUAAAGUCGGUGCAUUAGUACCAAAAGGAAAUAAUCCUAAUGAAUUAAAUAUAGAUUCAUAUUUUACAAAAAGUGAAUUACGCACAAUGUGCCCUGCUACUGCCUAUGCUUUAAUAGCUACAGAAGAAGCAUUAAAUAAUGCAAAUUGGAAACCAAAAGAUGAAAGUGAUAAACGAGAUACAGGAGUAGCAGUAGGAAUUGGGAUGAUAGAUUUGGUCGAUGUAUGUGCUACAUAUGAGGCUUUAAAAAAAGGAUAUAAUAAAGUUAGUCCCUAUUUUGUACCAAGAAUAUUGCCAAAUAUGGCUGCAGGACAAAUUAGUAUUAAAUAUGGUUUUCGUGGUCCAAAUCAUUCUGUAUCAACAGCAUGUGCAACUGGAGCACAUGCAAUUGGGGAUGCAUUUCGAUUUAUUCGUGGAGGAGAAACAAGUGUAAUGAUAUGUGGUGGAGCAGAAGCAUGUAUCAGUCCUCUUGCUAUAGCUGCUUUUUGUAGACUUAGAGCAUUAAGCACCAACAAAAAUGAUUUUCCAUAUGAAGCAUCAAGGCCAUUUGAUAAGGACAGGGAUGGUUUUGUUAUGGGAGAAGGUGCUGCUAUACUAGUGUUGGAAGAAUUAAAUCAUGCCCUUGAAAGAAAGGCUAAUAUUUAUGCAGAAGUGUUAGGAUAUGGUUUAUCUGGUGAUGCAACACAUUUAACUGCACCCAGUGAAGAUGGUACUGGUGCAAUAUUAGCUAUGGACAGAACAGUGAAAGAUGCUGGAAUAGAAAUUGUGGAUAUAACUUUUAUUAAUGCACAUGCAACUUCAACUCCUUUGGGUGAUAGCAUUGAAUUAAAAGCUAUAGAAUCGUUUAUGGGACAACAUAGUAAAAACGUAACUGUCUCUAGUACAAAAGGUGCUCAUGGUCAUUUAUUAGGUGCAGCAGGAAAUUUAGAAGCUGUUUUUACUAUUUUAGCAAUAAAAGAAGGUGUAAUUCCACCAACAUUAAAUUUGCAUAAGUUAGAUACAGAAACGUGCUUAAAUUUUGCUCCUAAUGUAACAAAAAAUUGGAAUACAACAUCUAGACGUGUAGCUUUAAAAAAUGCUUUUGGUUUUGGAGGAACAAAUGCAUGCUUAUGCUUUGCACAAUAUAACCAAUAA